CUUACAGUGAAAAUUUUUCUAAAAGAAGCCAAUGAACAAUUAGUCUCUGAUGCACUCGAAACAACUCUAAAUGAGAUGGGAAUUUGCUCCGUAGAGACGGUCAUAUUAUCUUUCAAACCAGUGUCUGAUGAAGAUGUCUACCUCAAUAGUUUGAAAAAACUCUGGAAGGUUCUGGAAUCUCUUGUUGGGAAAGGACUUGUCUAUACACUGGGUGUUUGCGACUUGAAUAUAAACCACUUACAAACCCUUUAUGAGUGGGCAGAGAUUAAGCCGAUCAUCAACCAGAUGAAUCUGGCCAAUUGUUGCGUCAUACCUCCUGAGAUGUCCCAGUAUGCCCAAAAUAAAGAAAUACAACUCCUCACUCACUCUGAUCCCGUCGAAAUUUUAUCUGACGAGGCUUUGCAGGAGCUGUUGGUCUCAAAAUUUGCCGUUCAGUGGGUCAGUAGGUACUCUGUCCUCAUCAAGUGCAGGGGCAUCAUCAAGUCAAAGGGAUUUGCCGUCAAGGCGAAAAACUCGAAAAAAUGA